AGAGAGAGAGGUGGAUGAGUGCAAGGACGAUAGAUAAGGAGAAGGCAACACCCAAACUUGUUGACCGACUAUGUAUUUACUGUGUAUGUGAGAGAGAAGGAUGUCGCUCCUGAUGCAUCUAACGUUCGAAUGUUGCUGGUGUUGAAAAGAAAACCCGGAGCUUUUUGUUGUUGUAUUGAUCUACAGUAGCCUAGCGUGGGAUAUUGUAUUUUUGUAUCUAUAGGUUCGUGUUUUUGGGUUGCAUUUCCAAGCGUUGGUGGCAGCAGAAGCAACAUUUCAGCUGGUGUUGAUGGAAGACUUCCCAGUUUUGCAGAGUUGCACGUUGCGAAUGCAAGACUGGAUGUAGCUGAUUGGAGUAGCGGAAUUGGUGAUCACACAGCCGAGUGGGAGGAAGCCGAGUGGGAGGAGGGGAGAUUCUGAAGUGGGUUUUUCUGUGUGUGACUCUCCAGCGGCCAUGUUAUCCAAGAAGCCGUGCGCUGCCGUCUACCCAACUGGCAAAGGGGGUGAGAUCUGCCAGCUCCAGUCUUCCCCCGGAAUCGGAGUCGGGGAUCCCCGGGCCGGUGUAGCGACAGACCCGCCAUCGCCCGUCACACUACCACCGCUCAGGAAUACCAAGUCGCUCACGGUUGGAGGCAAUAAGCACACCAUGAGUGACCACAUGCACGUGGGGAACCACCAACAGAUCCACGUUCAACAGCUGUUUGAGGAGAACAGCAACAAACGGACAGUGUUGACUGCACAGCCCAAUGGGUUGACCUCUGUGGGCCGGGCAGGGCUACCGCAGCCUGACCGACAGCAGCCUGACCGACAGCAGCCUGACCGACAGCAGCCCGACAUCACCACUACCACGGCCCAGUGUCGGCAGGCCAGCUCAGCCUCCCUCAAGUCCACCGACAGCAAGCCUCAGCCCGCCACCCUGACCCCGGAUCAGGCCAUGAAGCAGUUCAUGCCCAAGCUUACGGCCUUCGAGCACCAUGAGAUAUUCAGCUACCCAGAAGUGUACUUCGCUGGCCCCAACGCCAAGAAGAGGCCGGGGGUGAUCGGGGGGUCCAACAACGGAGGCUACGAUGACGAUCAGGGCUCCUACAUCCAGGUGCCCCACGACCACGUCUCCUACCGCUACGAGGUUCUCAAGGUGAUUGGCAAGGGCAGUUUCGGUCAGGUGGUGAAGGCCUACGAUCACAAGGCCCACUGCCACGUGGCGCUGAAGAUGGUGAGGAAUGAGAAGAGGUUCCACCGCCAGGCGGCGGAGGAGAUCCGGAUCCUGGAGCACCUGAGGAAGCAGGACAAAGACUCCACCAUGAACGUGAUCCACAUGCUGGAGAACUUCACAUUCCGUAACCACAUCUGCAUGACCUUUGAACUCCUCAGCAUGAACCUCUACGAGCUCAUCAAGAAGAACAAGUUCCAGGGCUUCAGCUUGCCACUCGUCAGGAAGUUCGCCCACUCUAUCCUGCAGUGUCUGGACUCACUGCACAAGAACCGUAUCAUCCACUGUGACCUGAAGCCAGAGAACAUUCUCCUGAAGCAGCAGGGACGCAGCGGGAUCAAGGUGAUCGACUUUGGCUCUAGUUGCUACGAGCACCAGCGGGUUUACACCUACAUCCAGUCUCGUUUUUACAGAGCUCCUGAGGUCAUCCUGGGGUCACGCUAUGGGAUGCCUAUUGACAUGUGGAGCCUGGGCUGUAUCUUAGCAGAGUUACUCACUGGGUACCCUCUCCUGCCGGGCGAAGAUGAAGGGGACCAACUGGCAUGCGUCAUCGAGCUGCUGGGCAUGCCCUCGCAGAAGCUGCUGGACUCUUCCAAGAGAGCCAAAAACUUUGUGAGCUCCAAGGGUUACCGGUACUGCGCGGUGACGACCCUGCCAGACGGCUCGGUGGUGCUGAAGGGGCGGUCCCGCCGGGGCAAGCUGAGGGGACCCCCGGGGAGCAAGGAGUGGGUGACGGCCUUGAAGGGCUGCGAUGACCCCCUGUUCCUGGACUUCAUCAAGCAGUGUCUGGAGUGGGACCCUGCCGUGCGCAUGACCCCCAGCCAGGCCCUCAGGCACCCCUGGCUCAGGAGGCGCUUGCCCAAACCUCCCACGGGGGACAAAACGGCCGUGAAGCGUAUCACCGACGGGGGCUCUGGUGCUAUCACCUCAAUCUCCAAAUUACCCCCCACCUCGGGCUCCACCUCCAAGAUAAGGACUAACCUGGCACAAAUGACGGACGCUAACGGGAACAUCCAACAGAGGACAGUGUUGCCAAAACUAGUCAGUUGAAGGAACAGUAAACAACACUAGUUGGUUGUCUAAUCUAGGAUAUCUCUUCUUACUGGUUUGGUUGGUUUUUUAAAUGGAGAGAUGAUUGUGUCCAUCUCUGAGAGCAAAAACAACCGGGGAAGCCAAACAGUACUAGUCCCAGUACUCAACAGUGUGGUUUUUAGACAGAGGGGAUUAUUCAGCGUUAUUAUUCACUGCAUCAUUGUUUAGCAGCUCUGUAGCAGCUUUUAUCGAAAUAUAAACAAGACAAAAACAUGAAAGUGGUCAUGAUGAAGGGAACAAAGCUUUUAGGUGUUUAGUCUCAGGACUGUGUGCUAUGAUGGGGCAGGUGGCUACCGUUCACACAAUCUGGCCCAAGCAGAGAUUGAUAACCUGGGCAUGAUAGUGUAGAAAAACAGAAUGGGUGGCUGGCCACGAUAAACACAUGUCCAUAACUAACUCAUUUCAGACACUGGAGAUAUUUAGGCUCUGCUUCUCUACCUUAUCUGAUUAACAUUGUGACAUUAAAUAGCUGUGAGAAAGGUGUUUUUUAUAAGCUAAGAUAAUAGUAUCUGAGAUGAGGUUUUGGUCAAAGAAAUGCAAGGAGGAUGGAAAGUGACUGUUUUAAGACUGUUAAGAGUUAAAGUGAGAGGUUGGA